AUGCUACGUCUAAGUAAGAGGUUCGUGGCCCAGCUCUCUCACGUGAAGCCUCCUCCGCACAUUACCAAUGAGGCUGUCAAGCCCUUUGGGAAGAAGGACACUUUGGAUUGGGAUCUUUUGCGUGCGUCGAUCUCGAAAUUUAGUAAUUUGACUCUGGACGUCCCCUUGGUGAUUAACGGAAAGCGACUCCAUAAUAGUGAUGGGCACUCGGCGUUUCAGCAAUUGAACCCAGCCAUGCAUAGUCAAGUCCUGGCUAAUGUUGCACAGGCAACUCCAGAACAGAUUCAGUCUGCCAUCAAGGCAGCUAAGAAUGCGAAGGCGAAGUGGUAUAGGAUGCCGUUUUAUGAUAGGGCUGCCAUAUUUUUGAGGGCUGCAGACCUAAUUACUACGAAAUAUCGGUAUGACAUGCUAGCUGCUACGAUGUUAGGACAAGGUAAAAACGUGUACCAAGCUGAAAUUGACUGUAUCACCGAAUUGGCGGAUUUCUUCCGUUUCAAUGUGAAGUAUGCCCAGGAAUUGUACCAUCAACAGCCAAUUGAGUCAGCUAGCGGUGCCUGGAACAGGGCUGAGUAUCGACCAUUGGAAGGUUUUGUUUACGCUGUAUCUCCUUUCAAUUUCACUGCCAUUUCUGCAAACCUAGUGGGAGCUCCUGCGUUGAUGGGUAACACCGUUGUCUGGAAGCCUUCCCAGAGCGCUGCUUUGUCCAAUUAUCUGAUUAUGAAUGUACUAGAAGAGGCUGGCUUGCCCGCCGGUGUCAUUAACUUUGUUCCGGGCAAUCCUGUGGAAGUUACCGACAUGGUAUUGAAGGAUGAGUACUUCUCUGCCCUCCACUUCACUGGAUCAACCACUGUGUUCAAGCAACUGUACUCCAAGAUUCAACAGGGUGUUGCUAAUGAUAUCUACAGAGAUUACCCAAGAAUUGUAGGUGAGACAGGGGGUAAGAAUUUCCACUUGAUCCACUCUAGUGCAAAUCUCACACAUGCCGUUAUGAGCACUAUAAGAGGAGCCUUCGAGUACCAAGGUCAGAAGUGUUCUGCCACUUCAAGGUUGUACAUCCCUAAGUCAGUGUCCGAUAGGUUCAUUGAGGAACUAGUAGCAACCGCUUCCACAAUCAUGCCUGUCAACACAUCAAAGUCCAACAUCAAUGGCGGAGAUUUACAUGGAUUCAUGGGCCCUGUCAUUCACAAACAAAGCUACGAUAAGUUAGUCUCCGUAAUCGAGGAGGCCAAGACUGACCCUGCAUUGGAAAUCUUGUCUGGCGGUGACUACAGUGAUAGCAAUGGAUACUACAUCUCCCCAACUAUCAUCAGGACUACGGACCCCGUUCACAAGUUCAUGUCUACCGAAUUUUUUGGCCCUAUCCUAACUGUUUACGAGUACGCUGAUCAUCAAUACAAAAAUAUUUGCGAGCUCAUUGAUUCCACUGCCAAGUACGGCCUCACCGGUUCCAUUUUUGCUCGCGACAGAGAAGCAAUUAACAUCGCAGACGACCUACUGAAGUUUAGUGCAGGAAACUUCUAUAUCAAUGAUAAGUGCACGGGCGCUGUCGUCGGCCAGCAAUGGUUCGGUGGUGCUAGAAUGAGCGGCACUAAUGAUAAGGCUGGUUCCGGUAACAUCUUAAAUAGAUUUGUCAGCGUAAGAGCUGUCAAAGAAAAUUUCUAUGAGUUAACAGGCUAUAAGUACCCAUCCAACUACUCAUAG